CGCUUGUUUUGGGCGGUCAAUUCAACUUCCUCUCUCAACUGGGUUUUUCUCUUAAGAACACAUCGAGAAGCUUGUUUUCCUUGUGAACUGUAUAGACUCGUUGCUCUUUCACAGCCGAACAACCGCUUCUUGAACCACUCCGUUCCUUUUUUGUCCAUUUCUCUCCCUCUCCCGUGUCCUGCCGCCAACAUGUUUAAGUGGGCGCAACAAAAGCUCGCCGAUGUGGCUGGUACCCAAGAGCCCAUUUACGGUCCAACCGCCAUCAGGUCCGUCGCCGAGGAGGCCAAGACGACUACACAUACGGAGACGACCAAGGAUGACCUGAAGUGGAUCGCAGCCGACUCAACUUCGGUUGAGACCCAGAGCUUCUACUUGAUGGCUGACAACGGCCACCUUGGACUGGCCCAGGUCAUCUACAGUAACGUCGGCGGCAUCCGCACCACAUGCCAGUUCAAUGCCAAGAUCUUCUAUCCCGAGAAGUCGAAGCCCACCCUCUGGGAGACCACGCAGCUUAACCACCACGAGGUCAGUGAGGACCGCAUGUCCUUUUACGCCGAUGACUGCGCCGUCGAGCUGUCUGAGGACGGCUCCUACUACACGAUCAAGAGCAUGAAUUCGGAGAACGCCAUCGUCAACCUCAAGGUCACCCGCACCUCGCCAGGCUUCCACGCCGGAAAGACGGGCAAGACACUGUUCGGCACCGACCUGUCGAAGCCUUGGGGCACGAUGCGCCACGCCUUCUGGCCACGAUGCGUCGUCGAGGGCACUAUCACUACCAAGGAGGGCCCUGUUGACUUCACCGGCCGUGCGUUCUACGUCUACGCGCUGCAGGGGAUGAAGCCUCACCACGCGGCGGCCAAGUGGAACUUUGUUGACUUCCAGGGCCCCAACUACUCGGCCGUCAUGAUGGAGUACACCACCCCGCCCUCGUACGGCUCAACAGUCGUCAGCGUUGGUGGUAUAGCGAAGGACGGGGAGAUGAUCUACGGCGGCGUCACCCAGACGGCCACGCAUACCAAGGCGAAGAACGACUCGGUCAACGAGUGGCCGGAGCCCGAGGAGAUCAAGUUCACGUGGUCCGGCAAGGACAAGGAGGGCAAGGCCGUGGAGGCCAUCAUCGAGGGCCCAUUGGGAGAGCGCCUCGACAGAGUGGACGUCCUGGCCGAGGUUCCUGGCUUCGUCAAGAAGAUUGUAGCGGGCACGGCCGGCACCAAGCCCUACAUCUACCAGUACUGCCCGACCAAGAACAAGCUCACCCUGAAGCUCAAGAUUGGAGACCAGGAGAUCUCCGAGGAGGGUCUUUGCUUCAGUGAAGCCACUUUCAUCUCCGAAUAGACCUGAAUAAUGAAUUGACGACGGCAACUGCUUGGGUAGAUGUUGCCGGUCUGGUUAGGCGUUUAGACGGUGGCUCUAUGGUCACUCGUUCCUUGGUUACACGUAUCCUUGUUCUAUAAAACCGUUCUAAUAACAAAUAAACACUUUCCAUGUUCUGAUUAAAUUGUUCACCGUACCGCUUCUUUGCGACAGAAAUACAACGGCGCCCCUCCGGCGUGACUGUGCCUGAAUCCGGGGGAUCUCCUAGACCCUGAGCCCAGCCCCAAGGUUCUGUUUGAAACAAGACAUCUGACAGGCAGAGACGACACCACCUGCCAAUGGAAUCGCGACAUUGGCGUACAGUACAGUGAGUGCCUGUACCAACCACGCU